AUGGCAUCAAUGAAAAUCUUCACCAUAUCUUUACUUCUUGUUGUUACCUUUUCAAGCAUGAGUCUAGAAGCUCGCAAUCUUUUGCAAACAACCACUCAACCAAAUUUUCCAAGCAUUCCCAAUUUGCCAAAACCAACAUUGUCACCUUUGUCUUCAAUUCCAACAACAUUGUCACCUUUGCCUUCAAUUCCAAUGUUACCUCAAGGCAAUGUUCCUCCAUUGCCUACCAUUCCUUCUCUUCCUAAGCUCACAAUGCCACCACUUCCUAGCAUUCCUACCAAUCCAACUCUCCCAUCUCUCAACCUUCCUCCACUUUCAUCAACUUCACUUUCAAAUCUUCCUACUAUCUCAACCAUUAUUUCAUCCAUCCCAUUCUUCUCUCCACCACCUUCAACCUCUUCCCCUUAA